GAGAAAGAAGUUGGAGCAAAAGAGCAAGCUUUCUUCUGGCGAAGUUGGUCUAGAUGAAAACAUGGUGGAACACUCUGAGAUGGCAUCGUCUAUGAGUAAUGAUGGGCUUGAGCGCAAUGGUUUUAUUUCUUGCUCUUCGGAGCAGCUUUCCUUGGACUCCGAGAUUGAGAAUGAGGAGCUCUACAGCUUGUUGGAGCCUACUUGGGUAACUGAAGAAGAUGCAUUGCAUGAAGAAGAACAGCCACCUCAGGCUGUGAGUUUCUAUGCUCAUACUCCAAAGCAGAGUCUAUGGAUGGACACAAGUGAGAUGUUGGCCUUGGUUGGAGCUGAGCCUUGCUUGGCUCCCCUUUUCGGUGACAUCUCCAGCAUUGACUAUGAAUUUGAUGUACAAAAUGCAUGUGAGCAGCUCGUUUUUGGUGUACAGGAGUCUGUUGAUCUUAUUUCCUGGCAAGAGCAAGAGGAUCAUGCGGUCAUGCUUGAGCACGAGGUGGGAGGCUUGCAGAAGUUUCAGAAGGUUCACUGCUUGGCGAAAAGUCUGGAUGAAGAUGAGAAGGAGCAGGACAUGGUUGACAGUUUGAAGCCUCCGUUGGCUCUUUGCGUGGCUGAGUGCUUGGCUGAUGGAGAAAAGGAUCGCUCUUUGGCAGAUAGCUUGUCCAUGAAUGAGGUGAGAAGGUCCAUGACGUGCAACUUUGACAAGAUGCAUGGUAGGGAUCAGAGCUUGGAGGUGCAUGAGGUUCACUCCAAGACCGUUCUUUGCGAACAUGGCAUGAUGAAUGCGCAUGAGCAAGCUGCCAUCAUGAAUGAUUUCAUUCUGUCUGGAGUUUGGGAGCGCCCUGUUGAGGAGCAGGGGAAUCAACAUGACAUGGCAACUGAACAGAUGCACAAAAGACCAGUGAUUGAAAUCACUGAUGAACCUUCGAACUCUCGAGAUGCUGAGAUGGGCAUAGAGCAAACUUUGUCGAAUCUACGUGGAGGUUGUCCUGAGGAUUAUAGUAUUGAGGUUGGUAGUUCUUUCUUCCCUCCAUUGGCAACGCCUGAGUCCAUGGUUGUCAAUGCGGAUAUGUGCUGCAAGAGAGAUGAUUUUUGUGAUUGGUUUGAGGUUGAGCAGAAUGCGGUCAUGGAGGAUUUUAUGGCUUACUUGUCUUUGGGAGAUUGGGAAGGCUCUAGGACAAGUGAGGAGAAGAAUCCUAAGUGGCUUCGUGAGGAAUUGCAAAUCGAUGGCCAGAUGGGUCUCGUUGGCCCUUGUGUUCCACUGGCGGUUCCUGAUUUGCGUGGUGGUGCAGGUGGCUCAAACUCAACUAGGAAAAGAAGAGAAACAAAGGAGCUUUUUGAAAAAAUCAAAGAUGCAGUCACCGAAGCCAACAUGGAGGCUGUGCACAAGGCAAACUUGCGCAAGUUGUUGGAGGAGCUUGAGGGUUUGUUUUUCCAACCUGCUGAGCAACCACAGACCUUUUAUCAAUGGAAUGAAUCAAAGAUGAGGGAGAAAGAGGAGCAAAAGAAAGGCAAAGGCAAAGGAAAGUCUAAGUCUUCGGACUUGCCACGCUAUGAUCUUUCGAGGGAGUUCCCUCGCGCUGAGAUCGUCAGCUGGCAAUCUGUUCAAGCUGCACUUGAAAAAGCUGAAGAACCUGGGGUUGCAAUCUGCAAAUCGGCGAACCAUGUCCUUGAGUUGCAGGGGAUGGCUGCCACAAUUGGCAUUCAGCGCCAAAUGAUCCUGGUGGCAAAGUACGAUGAGGAUUGCACUCCUAUGGCGGCCCAAACCACCAUGAUGCCGUAUUUGGGAAACAUUGCGAUGGCGAAGGCCUAUGUUUGCACUCUGAAUGGGGAAAAGGCAAAUUGGAAAGAACAAACGUUGAAGGAAGUCACUUUGACUGGCAGAAAGGUUGAGGAUGAGGUGGUGGUUCGGGUCAUCGCUGUCCUUCAUUAUGUUGAAAAAUCUUGCCAUGAUGUCUUGUACAAGACGCCAGAUUUCUCACUGAAGCUGGCAGGAUUGGACAUUAGUGAAUGCAGAACCAACAAAUGGGAAUCCAUUUGCGGCACCAUCACUGGCUACGCUACUAUUCAGAAGGGCAAAGUGGAAGAUGUCAUCGGCAAAAGUGGACAGAAGGGCAUUUUCUUUUCGAGACUUGCGCAAGACUUGAAAGAGAAGCCAGAAGUCACGUGGAUUGAAAAGAAGGAAGCCGAGGACAAUUUGGUUUAUCUGCACAGAGUUCAGGAGCUUGCAAAGAAGGAGAAUGUUGCGAUGUGCUGGAGGAGGGGAGGAAGAAAUGACCUUGGCAUUCAGAAGCCAGAGGAGGACAAGCGCCGCUCCUUUGCAGUUUGGGGAGUCCCUGGACAUGUGGGGCCUGAGUGUUUGAGCCUGUGGCUCCAAGAACAAGGAUGGACGCUGGACUAUAAGCCCACAGAGCCCAGGAACAGAGGAGCUCCUUGGAGAAUUUUUGGAGUUUGCAAAGAAUUGACCAUGUUUUUCAAGGUGGACAUGGACGGUAAGGUUGCACCUACAGUGCCCUUCAGUGCGGAGAUUGCAGAAACAGUUCCUGACUCACAGACGUCACAGGAGUCAGGAAUGGAGGUGGAAGGAAAGAAAGGAGAGAUUAUCUCCUCACCUGACAAGCAGCGACCCAAGAUGACAGACACCCGCAUUUUGGGUGGCAUGCAGGGGCCAGCUGGUACGUUGGUUCAAGACCUGGGUGGACAAGGAGAUUGCGGAUGGCGCUGUGCUGCUUUUUUGCUUUGCAUGGCAAACUCCAAGCGGAAAGGGGAUCGCCAGACUAUCAAAGAGAAGAUCUCGCAGUUAGCUAGCGCACUUCGCGCACAAUGCUUGCACCAUUUGCUGAACACAGACCGCAGCUGGGAAAGUUUUUGGUGUCCAGACAAUGCUUGGACUAGCACUACUGAAGCUGGAGUUCCUGCCAAAACCGUGGAGGAAUUUCGCACUGUUUUGAAAAGGCCUUUGCGGUGGAUUUGUCACCUCGGAUGGCAAGCUUUGGCAUCAGUCAAGCAGGUGCACAUUGUCAUUUGGACUUUGGAAAAGCAUGGGUGGGUCAAAGUUGCAGUGGUCAGCCCCAAAGAGCACUGCCCAAAAGCACCCAUCCUUGGAGUAGUUCUUUCCAGGGGGCUCUACAUGGCACUGGUGCGAGACAAAGGCGAGUCUCCCACUAAAGACUGGCUCACAGGUGGCAAGAAUGAAAUUUGGCACAGUCGUGGACUUCAAGCUGAAAUCAUCGAAAAGUUCUACAAGAUUCAGCCAAAAGUUUUCCGCGGCGCUGGCUCUGCGGAUUGUUGCACGCCCAAAAAGGCUGACUUGGAAAACUUGGAGCAUUUGCUGAGAACCUGCUCUUCGGUGAGCUCGGGGAAAAUUGAUGAUUUGAACCUUUUGAAGACUUGCUCGCCGUUUCAUUCAAAGUUGAAGCAGCAAGCGGCACAGAAAGCCCGAGAGGAGGGCCGCACCACCACCUCCAGUUGCGGGCUGGGGCUGCGAACGCUUCAGAAACCAGCGCUGUUUUGCAAGUUGACUGCCGUGGAAAGAAAGCACGCGGAUUACAUUUGCCCUUAUUGCAAAAUGGGGGUUUUGCAAAUGCCAGGUAACCGACACCUGGCAAAGAAGACAAAGAAACAUCACCUGAAGCAAUGUGCCAAGAAACGAAAGAAGCAGAUUCAAUUGAAAGAGCUCCGGAAAGAUGGAUGGAACAUGGAACGUAAAAGCUACAGAGUGUUCAGGGCAAAGAGAGUUGAAACUUUGAAAGCGAAAGCUCUUUGCAAAGCAGCUUUGUUGAAACAUGAUCCUGUGGCUUUGAAGUGCAAGACUCCUUGUGAAAGUGACAAUAGGCUGCAGCAUCUCCUUUGGUGCAAAAAGUGCCACUUCACGUCCAGACAUGUUGCCUGGAAAAGGACCUGUGGCGACCGUGCUACACAGUUCAAGAACAAGGGCACGCGGCCGAGCACAUAUUGGUGGCAUAUCUAUGGGCGCAUCAAUGGCGAUAAGAAGAUGAGACAGAUUACUGAGAUUGACCAGCAGAAGGCGGCUGAGGUCAUCAAGGAGGUCAGUGGGGCUGUGGAUUGUCAAGGCAAGGAAACAUGGACCUUCAACUCCGGGGGCUUGGCUGGGCUCUGGAGGCUCAUUGAAACUUUGGAAGAUCUCAAAAGGGCUGACAGGCCUCUCGCAGUAUGUGUUCAAGAAGUUUCAUGCGACGUGCCUCGCUGGAAAAUUGUGCUCAAGCGCCUCAAUUUUCUUGGGUGCCACGUUUUCGCGAAUGGGCAAGUUCGAGAAGGCGAAAGCAAGAAGGGCAAUAUCACAUUAGUUUCCACUCUAACGGGAGGACAGAUGAUUGCUGAGGUCUCAACUUGUCACGGAUGUGCUGUUGCUGUGAAAGUCCACAACACCCUUUUGGUUAAUGCUUACGUCUGGCCAGGUGAGGAACAUGCCGCUGAGUUCGCGGCCACGCUGCAGGAAUGGGUUGGUGGUAUUGCUUGGAGUGGAAAGAUGUUGUGGUGUGGUGAUUGGAAUGAAGAAUUUGAAGAUAGCUGGAUUGCUGCGGCUGCUGGGAGUCACGGUUUGUGGCCUGUUCCCAAUGGCGAAGUUGACUGCUCUCGCUGGGAUGGAAGAAGGUUGAUCGAUUUUUUCCUCACGAAUGCGAUCGACCAUGCAGAUGCGUUGGCUGGUGCUCUUUCUCACAAAAUUUCUGACCACAAAAUCAUUUCCCUGGCGUUUGGAUAUGAAUGUAUGAUGGAGGAGGAACAAAAUUUCAAGAAGCAGAUGCCGUUUUUGAGACCGCUUUGGGUCGACCCUGAGAGAUGGAAGAAACUUUUUGAAGAAGCUUUCAACACUGGCGAGAUCACUGGUUGGCAGGAAGCAUGCGCUAGGAUGGAAAAGGACAAGCUGUCACCUGAUGGAUUCACUCCGCAAGAUCAAUUCAUGGUGGACUAUGCUUGGGAGCUGGUGACUUUGAAGCUUCUUUGGGUGAUGAAGCACACAUUCUUCUUUGCGCUUUUGGAGAUCCCGGAAGGUUAUGACAAUUUGAUUGAGAUCAGGAUGCUCAACAAACUGAAAAUGAGAGGAGUUCCCAGUGUUUUGCAGCUGGAUGAGGAAAUCAAAUCUUUGGAAAAUCAGAUCAAAAAGUACGAGCAGAACAAUUUCCACCAAGCCAUUGACCGCUGGAAGCAUAGCAUGCGCUAUGACCAAACUGCCAACUCUCAUUGGCUGACGCGCAAGAAGAUCGCUUACUACCCUUCGGUUGAACGGAUCAACUUGAUUAGGAUCCUCAUUGGGAUCACAUCUGGAGCUGCUGUGUGGAUGUUGCCCCGCCAGAUGACAUCAUGCUUAGGCGCUUCCUCUGGCCGCGCAACGUUGGCGAUUUGGAACUUUGUGAAAGAUUUCGAUCCGCUAUGA